GCAAGGUGCGGGUGCCGACACCAGAGAAAACAGAAACUCUUGCAAUUUGCUUCCAUGUGUCGCCACAGAGGGCCGCCAAAACUGGCAGAGGACAUUAUGUGGCACGCGCGCACGCGUUUCUUAAAGUGUAAGGCCGAUUGGAAGAAGAAGAGCACGUUUUCCAGGUUCUUCGCUACGGUACUCGCCUUGUAUUGUGUUUCUUCUCAUCGUGCUUAUUACAGCGCAAAUCAUUUGAGUGAAAGGAGCCCUCUAUUGACUGCAGAAAUGUUCAAAGACUUUGCCAUCAUCUUGAGUGCCAAAUCUCGAUGCUGCUGUCGUGUCGAUUCUUGGAACUUCGAGGCCUGUCUCGACGCUCACGGAACUUUUGCGAAAGCUCUACCUUCCAUCCUGGAGAAGCCGACCACAGGAAGGCAGAUGGCAGACCUUCUUCCACUAAUGAAUGACUGCAGUGCCGCCUUACAACAAUUGGAAAACACCUGCCCAAAGUUUCGGUACCGCAAAAGCACAAAGAGACCGGCUUCUCGCAGUGAAAACAGAGACGACGAGGACGGCGAGUACGACUUAAUGAGGAAGCACGUAAAGUACGUGUUGCUAAAGGAAAAAGCAGGCCGCCCCUUAAGCAAAAAGGCAGGCUACAACGUAACAGUCGAGGACAUCCACAGUGUUCUGAGACGCAACUGGUUGAACGAUGUCGUGAUCGACGUAUACAUGCAGCUCAUCACUGAAAAGGCUGAAGAGAAGGAAGGAUUCAAUAGCAUUCACGCACUCACUACACACUUUUUCAGUGUGCUCCGCACCAGGGGCUACGAGCCGAUCGAGAAAUGGACACAGAACGUGGACCUAUUCUCAUACAGGCUCGUUUUGGUGCCUGUUCACGAUGUCGACCACUGGUCCCUAGCAGUGUUGAACAUCGAGACGAAACAGAUAGACUUUUACGACUCGUUGGGGCGCAGAAACGAGGACUGCUGCCAAAUACUCAUGGACUUCUUACGGCGGGAGCACCGGCUCAGGGCAGGUCGAAAACUUCUACCCGACACGUGGGACUAUAACUUCGUACAAGACAUCCCCAUGCAGACCAAUACAUAUGACUGUGGCGCCUUUGUGUGCCUCUAUGCAGAGUGCCUAGGAAGGCGAGUCCCAUUUGAAUUCUCGAGCAAAGACCUGCCCAAGUUGCGCUACCGCAUUGCAUACGAGAUUCUGGAGGGCAGCUUGCUUUGAACUAUCGUUUCCAUGCCAGUGCGCCCAACAAGAGGUCCUCCAGAUACAAGUUGUCGAAAGACAACUCAUUAUUUCCAAAUAUAAUGUCUAUG